AUGACCCCAUCUGAACUUGAUCACAUUGCAGAGCAGGUCAAAUCCUUCCUUGCAUGCAUGGAAACCAUCACAUCUCCUAUGAACACGAUGGGAUCAGUCACCAGUGGUCCCUACCGCAACAGUUUCUGGCCAGAUGGACUCGCUCCAGAGAAGCCUUUUGCCACACUUGAAGAGUUUUUACCCAAGGAAGCGACUAUUCGAUUUGCGCAUGCCGACCUUGUUCCUAAGAACAUCAUCGUGGAAGGGUCAACGAUUACUGGUAUAGUGGAUUGGGCUCUGUCAGGUUUCUUUCUGGACUUUUGGGAGUAUGGUCGUAUGCAUGACCUGGUGGAGAUGAUGCAUGGAUGGGAUUACGUGCUACAGAGGGUUUUUCCUGGUCCUCGAUGCCAGGUGGAGAUUAACUCUGUUAGGCAAUUGCUUCGCAUUUUGUUCACUGUGUUUUGA